AAUGUUCUAUUUUCUACUCCUAAAUCUUGUCAUUUAGAACUUGAAUUAUACAGUGCUUAAUAACAGUGUUUAAUACAAUAUGACAGUUUUCAAUUUUAUUUAAAAUAUGAUAAAGUGUCUCAUCUUAGACGGAUAUUGCAUUCACUUCUUGUUUCUUGCUGGACGAGUAUCGAUUUUCGAAGCACUUGCUGUUGGCUGCAAGUAAUCGUGUUACUUCAAUGGAUUUUCCUCAAUUUCAUUGCACCUUACAACUGAGAGUGUCAAAAUGCUCGUCUAAAGGUACUUGGGAAGUAAACUAGACAUUUAUUAUAAAGGGAAAAACUUCAACCAAGAAGAAAGGAAGAAAGUAAGUGAGCUUGUGGAAAAAGAGAAACAAAUAAAAUUUCACAAUGAUCGCUCUCGUGAUCCGAGGUUUUGUUUUAGUUGGAGUUCUUGGUUGGUAUAGUGCCAGUGUUUGGAAAAUGAUUGAUGGAUACUUCAAAGAUAAAUUUGAUAAGUACUUGCAGGAAGAGUACGUUAAAAAUCCACUGAUGAAAAAAAAUCUACAAGAAAGACAGACUACUUUAAAUGAUAAAUCAAUUAAUCAAUUAAAUGAACAUCCAAUUGAUCCAAUUACCAUCAGAACAGAGAAUGAAAAUAAAUCAGAUUCGACAACGAUUUCUGCAAAUAAUGUAUUUUUAGGUCAUCAAUCAAUGAAUAAUCACAGCCAACCAUUACCAACAUUGAACAAUAGUUCAAACGGAAAUUUAGUUUUAAAUGCAGAAAAUAUUGAAAUUAAAAAACAUUCUGAAGAGUAUUUUGAUGGAAAAAGUUCAAAGUUGCAAUCCAAAAAACAAACAAGUAAUAAAAAAAGAGAAAAAAUUGUUUUGACUGCUUCAGAGCCAUUGAAGAAAAAGAAAAAAAUACAAACCAUAAUGUUAUCAAAAGAAGAUUUCAAAUCCGCUAGCAUAAAAGCAAUGAAGGAUUUUGAUUUUUCAGAAUUUGAAAAUGAUGCUGAAGAUAGUCAAUAUAUUGAAGGAAGUAUACCAGUUGCCAGCUUGUCCUAUAAACCUAAAGCAGAUAUUGGUGAUCUAGACAGAAUUACAGACGAUGAAUAUUGUCCAAUAAAUUCAAAUAAAGAUCAAGAAGAGUGUAGAGUAAGAAAAAAAUGGCCUUGAUAAUAAUACUAAGAUUAUUUUGAUAAUCUCUAAUGAUAAAAUAGACAAAAAU